AUGCUGUCCCGAACAGUGCGACGCGCAUUACAAGACGCGAAUCUACCGCCAACCUACCUCCUCCCCUUCCGCGCACGCCUGUCGACUGUCGGCCAUACCAUCGACCCCGAACCAGUCCCCGAACCACUUCUCAACUCCGCCCAUAUCUCCCGCCAGACACCUACAAGGCCUUACACACCGCCUGUAUCCCGACAAUCCUCUACACAACCGGCUGAAACAGCAACCCAACCCACCGCCGCACUUCCAGCGCCUACCUCCACCUCCCCAUCAACGCCCACGACCCCUCUCUCAGACAGCAUCAAGGACCUCCUCCCCCUCCUGCGAUCUCAAACACCACACUACAUAACCGCUCACCUACACGGACGGCCCUACCUCCUAACCCAAGGCGACACCCUGCGCCUCCCCUUCCUCAUGCCCGGCGUGCAGCCCGGCGACAUCCUGCGGCUAAACCGGGCAUCCGUAGUCGGAAGCCGAGACUACACCUUGAAAGCAGGCGCGCCCGCGGCGUCGGUUGCGUCGCUGCCGAAAGAGGAACUUGGCCAUGCGGAUAUCAGGGCCAAGCAGAGCUACGUCGAUGAGAGGCUGUUUGUGUGCAGGGCGGUGGUCAUGGGGGUUGAGGCGGAGCCGAUGCGGAUCAAGGAGAAGACGAAGCAGAGACAGCGGCAUGUGAGGCAGGUGAAGAGUAAGCAUAAGUUUACGGUGUUGAGGGUACAGGAGCUGCGGGUCAGGAGUUUGGAGGAGGUGGAGGGGCUUGCGUGA